GAACGAAUAGAGGAUUGGAUCGAGGCAUAAAAAGCGCCUCGUUAAAUCGCCAAGGAAGGGCUCUGCCUCUGGCUGUGUAUUUGGAGGGUGACAUCCUGCCUCGUCAGCCACCAAUCUUUGAAGUCCACGUGACACUCAUCCCACGGCUCGGAGCCUCACACAUCCCACGGUCCCCAUUCCAUUUUCUAGACCCUUCCAUUCCCUCAGCGCUGAGAGAGAGAGAGAGAGGAGAGGUCAAGCUCUAAACCAGGGUUAGUAUUCUAACCAGCCGGGCUUCCCGCGUUUGGUUAAAGAACCUUCUGAUCUGAUUCGGAGAGGAGGAAAGAACCCAGAAACCAGAGAGGGUUCCAUCAUCGCUGCUUCCAUUGGACAAGGAAUCAUCCGAGUCAACUAGGACGAGUCCCUCCUCACCAUCUUCUUAACUUCUCCGGUCCUCCCAAAAUUGCGGCGAGUUCGCAGCUUCAGCUCAUUUCCAAUUGAACAUUUUUCUGCUUCUGCGAAACGAUGCCUUUCGAUCUUGCCCAGUAGUCAUGUGAUUUUUGUUCUGCCAUCUUGACAUGAUGGCCUCCAUGUAGCGGUCUGCUCGAAUCUAUCUCCAUUCCUGGUCCAGUCCUUCGCUCUGGGAUCUCUUGUAAGAUUGGAUACUUCCUUUGUGAUUAAUGAUCAUUGGGAAACUAGAGAUUUGUCUCAGACAAUUGCCACUAGCUCUGGAGUUUGGCUAUUGUUGGGAAGGGAAGAACCUUUCUUCCUCUUCUAUCUCUGUUGCCCUCUGCAACAGUCAUCUGAUCACAGCUGCAGUUCAUGUCGCAUAAAUUGGACAGUCCUGUUCAAACCCAGAUGGCUGUGACCUUGUUCAGGAGUCCGCUUGGUCGGGAGUACCAUGAGAACAAGAGCAUGGAAGGGAGGCAACCUACUGGGAGGAGACGGGUUUUUGUGCAAACUGAAACUGGUUGUGUCAUGAGCAUGGAAUUGGAUCGUAGUGACAAUGCGCAUACAGUGAAGAGGAGGUUGCAGGUUGCCCUUAAUGUGCCAACUGAAGAGAGCUCACUAACUUUUGGGGAUGUUGUCUUGAAGAAUGACCUUAGUGCUGUUCGGAAUGACUCUCCCCUUCUUCUUACUCGGAACUUUAUGCACAGAAGCUCAUCUACACCAUGCCUGUCACCUACUGGACGGGAUAUGCAGCAAAGGGACAAGAGUAGUCCUAUUGAAAUAUUGGGGCAAUCUAAUCGCCUUGAUAGAAUGAAACAUAUGAUCGAGGAUAUUGUGAAGGCCAUUAAGAUGGGGAUGGAUCCAAUUCCUGUUCACAGUGGGCUUGGAGGUGCAUACUAUUUCCUGAACAGCAGAGGUGAGAGUGUUGCAAUUGUGAAACCGACAGAUGAAGAGCCUUUUGCCCCUAACAACCCAAAAGGUUUUGUUGGUAAAACCCUUGGACAACCAGGUUUGAAACGUUCAGUUCGGGUGGGGGAGACAGGGUUCAGGGAAGUUGCAGCUUAUCUUCUUGACUAUGAUCAUUUUGCAAAUGUGCCUCCAACUGCCUUAGUAAAAAUUACACACUCAAUCUUCAAUGUGAAUGAUGGAGUCAAUCGGAAGAAUACCCAAAGGAAGAAGCUAGUUAGCAAGAUUGCAUCCUUGCAAGAGUUCAUACCUCAUGAUUUUGAGGCGAGUGAUCAUGGGACAUCUAGCUUCCCAGUUACUGCAGUGCAUCGUAUAGGGAUAUUAGACGUUAGGAUUCUUAACACGGAUAGGCAUGCUGGCAAUUUGUUAGUUAGAAAACUUGGGGCUUUUGGUCAGGUGGAUUUAAUUCCUAUUGAUCAUGGGCUUUGCCUUCCUGAAGCCUUGGAGGAUCCGUACUUUGAGUGGAUUCAUUGGCCUCAGGCUUCAAUUCCAUUCUCUGAGGAUGAACUUUCUUUCAUUGAAAAUCUGGAUCCUGCUCGGGAUUGGGAGAUGUUACGCACAGAACUGCCCAUGAUUCGAGAGGCUUGUUUGAGAGUCUUAGUACUCUGCACCAUUUUCCUUAAGGAGGCUGCUGCUUAUGGUCUGUGUCUUGCUGAAAUUGGUGAGAUGAUGACUAGGGAGUUCCGCAGCGGUGAGGAGGGACCCAGUGAACUGGAGGUCGUUUGUUUGGAAGUAAGAAAGAUGUUGACGGAGAGGGAUGAGCCAUCACCCAGGACUGACCUGAGAGAUGAUGAGUUCCAGUUUGACAUAGACUGUGAUGAAGUUGGAUCAGAUUGCUUUCAAAAGAUGACAAUAGAUGAUUAUCUAACCAGAGCACCUUUUCAGCUGGCGCUUGGAAGUGGGUAUUCUCGCAGUCCACUUGCAAAAUUGGAUGAGACUAUUGAGGAGGGGGAAGAGGAAAGUGUUGGAGAAUAUCCUCAGGAUUUUGACACUUUUUCCUCUCAGGAGACAAUCCGAGCGGUUUCAAAACUUUCUGUGUCAAUGAAAAAUACCAAGUUAUGUGAGACAAGCCUGAAACAUCAGAAAUAUUCAGGAGGAAAAACAGAUAAUGGCUAUUUUGGGAAUACAUCAUCUGGUCAUAGGAGUGCCAAUGAGCAACUUCCUGCAAGCACAAGCUUUGUGAAACUGGCAGAUAUGACUGAGGAUGAAUGGACAACGUUUCUGGAGAAGUUUCAAGAACUGCUGUAUCCGGCAUUUGCCAAGAGGAAAUUUAUUACCUUAGGUCAGAGGCAGAGACAGAGGCUUGGUACAUCGUGCCAGUUUUGAAGUUGAGCAAUACUUUGGUAUGAUAUUGAAUGAAGAAUAAGGCUUUUAUAGGUUUCUGGGAAUGAAGGAGUGUUAGUAUAAUACUUCUAGUUGAUGAGAUUUGGAUGAGUGCUGUAGUUGAGAGUGAGGCUAGGAAGAACUGCUGUAAAUAUGCUUAGCAUCAACUAAGUGGUAGGCGGAGUAGAAUUGGUUGUAUUUUGAUUUUAUGAUUUCAUUUUUUUUACCUAUGUUCCUGUUCGCAAGACUUGUCUCAUAAAUAAUUUGUAGGAUAAAAAAUCG